AAACUCUUCAUCGGUGGUUUGAGUCCGGAAACGACACAUGAUCGACUUCUCGAUUACUUUCAAGUCUUUGGCGAUGUGGUCGACUGCGUCGUCAUGACUGACCCCGCCACGGGGCGCACCAGGGGCUUUGGCUUUGUGACUUAUCGGGACGGUCGCUGUUGUGACUCGGUGCUUGCUCAUCGCCCACACGUCGUGGACGGCCGUGAGGUGGAUCCCAAACGCGCCGUGCCCCGGCAAGAGAUGGAAUCAUCACCCCGCUCGUCUUCUGCCACCCGAGCCAAGCCACGCAGCGCAUCGUUCACCCACCAUGUUCGUAAGGUGUUUGUGGGUGGUUUGCCCCCCACCGCCACCAACGAAAUGCUUCAUCGCUACUUCUCCCACUUUGGCGGUGUUGAGGAAGCCGUCAUCAUCCACGACAAGCAGACCCGCACCCCCCGCGGGUUUGGUUUUGUGACCUUUGAAGACCCCAUCAUUGCGGACAAGGUUGUCUCCGUGCAUUACCAUGAAUUCUACGGCAAAAUGGUCGAAGUGAAAAGGGCCGAGCCCAAAGCCGACGCCUCUAAAUCCCCCAAUCGCCACCGACAGGGUAUUGGCCAACGCUUCUCUUGCCUUUAA